GGGCCUACCUUGCUGCCUUGCCUUCCCACCUCACCUGGGUCUUUCGAUUUCUCUCACUUUCCUGUCUCCCCCUUUGCAAUCCUAAGACCAUCAUGGACGACCGCCGCUCGAAACGCUCCCGCUUCGAUCAGACCGAGCCGGAAGUGCGACGCCCAUCGCGCUUCGAUCGCCGUUCUCGAUCUCCGUCGUCGCGACAGUCCGAAUCGACUCGAGCCCGCAGCCCUCUCAGUCGUGAGCCUCGGAGUCCUAGCGCAGAUCCUGCGAAGAAGGCCGAUCCCGCUGCCGCAGCUGCGGCCGCCGCGGCGAAGAUCAACGCCCAGUUGCAAGCAAAGGAAGGGAUCCAACAUGUCGACGUUCCCCCAAUUCGCUCGACCGCCAGCCCCAUGCCAUCCGGCUCGCCGCCCGGCGCAGACGCUGCGGGAAAGUUGAACACGGAUAUAUAUGUUGCGGAUGGAGACUACAUCAAGGAUAUUGAGAUUAAUGAUUUGCGCAACCGUUACACGCUGACUAAAGGCUCUACUCAGAAGAUGAUCAAAGAAGAAACUGGCGCCGAUGUCACGACCAGAGGGAAUUACUAUCCGGACAAGAGCAUGGCCACCGCGGCGAACCCCCCGCUUUAUCUCCACGUAACGAGCACGAACAAGGAAGGCCUCGAAAAGGCCGUCGCUUUGAUCGACGACCUCAUGAAGAAGGAGCUCCCCAAUCUCGUCGAUGAGCGCAGAUUCCGUCGGAGGGAGCCCGAACAAGUGGAGCGGGAUGAGUACGGCCGUCGCAAAUGGCCCGAGGAGCGGAUUCCUGUGGAUCUCGAGCCGAUCCCGGGAUUCAACCUCCGCGCCCAGGUUGUUGGACAGGGCGGUGCAUACGUCAAGCACAUCCAGCAGAAGACCCGGUGCAAGGUCCAAAUCAAGGGCCGUGGCUCGGGCUUCAUGGAACCCAGUACCGGCCGGGAAAGCGAUGAGCCGAUGUUUCUGCACGUCGCCGGUCCCGAUCCAAACGACGUCCAGGGCGCAAAGGCUCUGUGUGAGGAUCUGCUAGCCAAUGUCCGGGAACAGUACCAGCGUUUCAAGGAGAACCCGCCUCAGCACAGCUACGGUGGCUAUGGCGGCCAGCGCGGAGACCGGUAUCACUACGGCGGAGGAGGCUAUGGUGGUGGUGGCGGCGGCGGUGGUGGUUACGGUAGUAACCAUCAGCACCAGAACUCGCCCUCUGCGACAGCGAGUCCGUCAACACAAGCCGCGGGCGCGAGCGGUUCGGGAACCGGCACUCCAGACUACAGCGCUCAGUAUGCCCAGUACUACGGCUCCGAUCCGUAUGCGGCCUACGGCGGAUACCAGAACUACGUCGCCUAUUACCAGUAUUACCAGCAAGCUGCCGCUCAACAACAGCAGCAGCAGUCCCAAAGCCCUGCUCCUCCGCCGCCCCCACCGGCCAGCGAGGCUCCUCCGCCUCCGCCUCCGGGAUCCGGCUCUCCUCCACCCCCUCCCCCGCCUGGUGGUAGCUAUAGCGCGGUCCCUCCCCCUCCAGGACUGUGACAGUAUGAUCAAGGAGCUAUCACAACAUAGCCUAGAGACAAAGGAAAGUUAUCUUUAUAUACGAAUACGAAGCAGGUGAUGUUAUGCGGGCGCAACGAAAUACCCUGCCUGCCAGCGAACCAAUCGACCACAUAGUCGCAUCUCGGCCGUCUGUAACUUUAGUCCCUCGCGUCCUGGUGGAUCUGUCGUUCUCAUCCAACCGAGGUUUGAUCUGCGUUGCCAAAGUCUGUAGAGCAAAGUCGGAAGUCUGCGCUUAUUCCUUGAUGUUUAAAAGAUUUGGUGCUGUUUUUUCCCAGCGAUCUACCUGGCGUUCUCCCUGAGUUGUUUCUGGUAGGAUGACACCUGCUCUCUGGGGGCCAACGUAAAAAUCUCAUUCCAGCCAUUGAAUCAUCAUACUGGUUCCUUCGCCGUACACUGAUCCGAGAAAUAACGGUCAUAAUAGUAUCGGUAUACUGAAGUGGUAGACCUGCAAGAUACA